AAGUUCAGCAAACACUAUAAUCUGAACAUUAUCGCCGGCCCAAAUACUGGACUUCUGCAGUUGGACACAACCGAUCGGUCGAUUUUGCAGAAAACUAAUAAAAUGAGCAGGGAACUUAUUUUGGAUGUAUGCUGGAAGCAUCGCCUGCAGCUAUCGCGCAUUCAGUAUCUGAGACUCUGCGCUGUUUCACUGUGGACAUUCUCAUCAUUUGCAAUACGAAAUGUUAUCACCGCCGAAACUGCCUCGCAUUUUCAUGGCAUUUUAUGGUUUCCAGAUCUGCUGCAGCCUGAUCCUUAUUAUGUUGUCCCAGUAUUAGUUUCCGCCUUAGGAAUCCUGAAUUAUUUCGCGCAGCAACGUAUAUAUGGGAUUAGCACAACGAAAAUGACGCGAGUAAUCAAUGCUGCCUAUUGCUUGGUUAUGGCAACUGGUGUAUAUUUCAUGUCGCAUUUACCUGUGGUGAGAUUUCUUUUUUUAUUUUUCUCACGGACUGGCUGA